AUGGGUCCCGGCGCGAUGGUUUUCAACCACAGCAGCGGGGGCACCACUAUUACGGCCCAUGUCCUUUUUGCCUGCCUCGUGGCAAAAACCUACGGGCUUAGUCACCAUCAGCCUGCGGCAGGAUACCAGAACCCUGGUUACAACGGCUACGCUGCUCCAGUUGGUGCCGCUCCUUACCAAGGCUACGCUGACUAUGCAGUACCACCUCAGCCCUACAGCUUUGGCUACGACACAUUGGACGAGUUCGGCAACCGGCAAUUCCGGAGCGAGCAGAGCGACUCCAACAACGUUAAGACCGGUUCCUAUGGAUACAGAGAUGUUAAUGGCCUCUACCGGCGAGUAAGCUACAUCGCUGAUGCCAACGGCUUCCGCGCAACAGUGGACACCAACGAGCCAGGUACCGCACCAGGAGCCAGCGCCGACGCCGUGUUCAACGCCGCUCCCGUGGUCCCGCCGGUACCUGCUGGAGCGGCAACGCCCACCGCAUACGGCACCAGGACGGCAGCGCCUGCCUACAACGGAUACGGCGGAUACGGUCAAUACGGAUACGACCAGUAUGGCCGCGGGGCUGGUGGCUAUGGGUACGGUGGUAACGGUCUAUCUGGCUAUGCUCCCAACGGACUCGGCGGGUACGCCUACGGAGCUUCCUCUCCUUACGGCUACGGUGCCGCAGGCUACACUGGAGGGCGCUACACGCCUGCCGCCUACGGUACCAGGGUUGCCGGUCACCACGGCUGGCGCCGUCGGCGAUGA